AGCGGAGAGGAGGGACGGAAGAAUCACAACAGAGAUACUACGGCUUUGACAGUUGUCUUUUGUGCCGCUGAAACACUUUUUGUUGAUACCGAGAGCUGACAUGUCACGAAAACCCAAAGAUGAAUAUUACCGUUUUUUUACCGUUACCGACCCACGCACGCACGAGAAGGGACACACCGAGUACAAAGUGACAGCAAGGUUUGUGUCCAAGCGUCAUCCAGAAGAUGUGAAGGAGGUGGUCGUGUGGAGGAGGUUCUCAGAGCUGAAGAAGCUCCAUGGGGAGUUGGCCUACACACACAAGAACCUUUUCAGAAGACAGGAGGAGUUUCCACCUUUCCCCCGCGCACAAGUCUUUGGAAGGUUUGAUGAGGCUGUGAUAGAAGAGAGGAGGAAGGCCACAGAGGCCAUGCUUCUAUUUACCACCAGCAUACCUGCUCUCUAUAAUAGCCCACAGCUCAAGGACUUCUUCAGAGGCGGUGAGGUCACAAGGCCUCUGGAUCCCACGCCUGUUUCCUCUGCUGGGCCUCUGCCUCCCCCUCUCAUCCCCCUCCCCAAGCGGAGAGCCUCAGACUGUGAACCUGCAGAGGAGGAGGAAGGGAGGGAGGCUCCCACCUUACCCCAAGACCUGGGCACCAACGUGGGCUUAGAAGUGGGAGAGCCAGAGGUGGCGGCUGAGGCUUACAGCGAGAUGGGAGGGUCUCCGAGACAAGAAGAAGAACAAGAAGUACUUAGCGAUACAGAGCUGGAGGAAAGAGUUCCGUCUCCCGAACAGUCCCCAGCCAGAAACCACCAAUCACAAGAGUCCCAGGAAGAAUUUGACUCACUGUUUGACUCUGUGACAGAAGAGCAAGUCCCAUCCCCAAAGGAGGAAGGUCCGCCUCCUCUGUCUGAUAAUGACUUGGCUGUCUUUGAUCCCUGCUAUAAAGAAGAUGGAUCCGAUCCCUCCAGUGACUACUCAGAAUUGUUCUCAGUGCCACCAACCAGUCUGGACGGAGGCAACGCUGAAUACUUGAACCAAGCUGCCACUGAGCUAACAGCUGCAAUGGAGAGGGAGAAGGAGGGAGAAUUCAGUUCUGCCAUUCAUGGAUACCGGACGGCGGUGGAUAUACUGAUAACUGGAGUACAGGGUGAUCCAGAUCCAAUUCGCAGGGAGUCUGUGGUGAGAAGGACAGCCCAGUAUCUAAAGCACACGGAGAUGUUGGUUGAAAGGCACUCCUCGCCCACACACACUCACACUCCUACACACACACAUCCACAGGACCCUUAGAUGCACACACACACACACACACACACCGAUUGCAUACACUUUUAACACACAUGAAGACAGAUCUAAGGCAAACAAGCUCAGGGUUGUGACAUACAUACGCACACAUACAUGUCACACACUUAAAGACACUAUGUUGGUACGCAUACAUAAAGUGAGAUCACAGACUGGAUUGGACAAGACCAUUCAGAAAUGCAAGCUCUUUCAGGUGCAAAACUACAACCCCAGCACACACACACACACACACACACACACACACACACACACACACACACAUAGACACACACUUGUGAAGUACACUGCACAGUCCCUUUAGCUACCUUUGUUUUGUGAAAAAAUCUGUGAUUUACUAAAUCAAGAGAAUCUGGAAACUAAAAGUGACCUGCAAACCUAAAGGAUAAAUAAUCCCUUCUCUUUCUUAAAUAUUUCUUUCCUUUUAAAAUGUUUUCUUGUUAAAUACAGUAAUGAAUAUGUAUAUCAGCAAUUUGCAUUUUGCACAAACUGUGUAUUUGUUAAUAAAUAUGAUUUUAAUCAAA